AUUUAUCGUACAAACGCCAUGGCCUCAGCACCCCCAAGACCAAAGCCAUGGGAGACGCAAUCAUCAGCUGGGGGAGCUACCACUGGCGCAACAGCCUCGGCGUUCGAUAGCGCGCUGCAAGCAUCCACCUCGUCUUCCAGUACCAACGCUCCCAGACUACCCGACAAACCAGCCGGACUCGGCGCUGCCGAUACAGGAGCAGGUUCGUCGCUGCAGCCAUAUUCACAACAGAGAUAUACAUCGGGAUACGGUGGGAUGUCUGGUAUAUCGCCGUAUGGCGGUAUGGGCGGCAUGUCUUCUUACGGAGGGGGGUACGGAGGAUAUGGCGGAGGAUAUGGGGGGAUGGGGAUGAGCAGGCUGGGUGGUGGGUAUGGAGGAUAUGGCGGGGGUUAUGGGAUGGGCGGUUAUGGUGUCGGUGGGAUGGGUGGGCCUGGCGAGGGCUACCCAACAUUGACGUCGUCUCUCCAAGCAAGCACUGCCCCAGCAUUCGCCGUCCUCGAAUCGCUCGUCACAGCAUUCACCUCCCUCGCCCAGCUUAUCGAAUCCACCUAUAUGGCCACCCACUCGUCAUUCUUUGCCAUGGUCGGCGUCGCAGACCAGCUCGGGUCUCUCAAGACGUACCUCGGACAGGUGCUUGGUGUAUUCUCAGUACUGAGAUUAGGCAGGCGGGUGCUCGCUUGGUUGAGGGGUAAAGGCAAGGGCGUGCGAGCAGAUGGAUGGGCGAACGAGUGGUCGCAUGCCGUUCCCGGUUCUCCCCCAGGCAUCCCAGCCCCAGGAGGCAGACCGUCCAUCAAACCCCUCAUUCUCUUCCUCCUCUCCUCAAUCGGCUUGCCUUAUCUAAUGUCACGCCUCGUAAAGCUGCUCAUCGCUCAUCAGCAACAACAAUUAUCAUCUGAUCAGACUUUGGGUGUCUCGCCGGCGAUAGGAGCGGAUGGGCAGAUUGACCCGACCAAGCUAGAGUUUGUGCGUGCGAAAUGGGAGUUCAAGGCGUCGGAAGAGUGGGAGCUGGGACUGGGGAGGGAUGAGAUUGUGGCGAUUCUGGAAAAGAGGGGGACGGCGAACGGGGCUCAGGGUGAAGGCUGGUGGAGAGGGAGAACAAGGGAUGGGAGAGUGGGGUGGUUCCCGGGAAACUAUGUUGAGGUGAUACGGAGAAGAGAAGCGCCGUCGCCACAGCAGUGACCCAAUAUUUCG